AAACAAAGAAACACUCAAACAAGAUGAUGAAACAUAGCUGCCAGCAAGCUUUCUAGUCUUACAUCAAUCUCAUCAUCAUCAGCAUCAUUCAUCAUCAUCAUCAUCAACAUCCAUCCAUGCAUAUCCGACAUCAACCUCUUCCACUCUCUCUCUCUAGUCUCCAUCUGUAGUCUCACAAACGGAAAUCCUCUGAUAUAUCAAUCAAAACCCUUACUUUAUUUUUGCCUCUUCUGAAUGUGUUCUUCUGCUCUUCCCUUUGUGUUCUUUGUUUUCUGUUUUAUAUAUAUGAUAUAUGAUAUAUGAGGUUUUGAAUUGAAACCCUAGCUGGGAAGGAGGAGAAAGAAAGAAAGAAAGAAUUCAAGAAAUCGGUUGUGUGUGAUGGAUCCGUAUCCGGAAGUUGAGAGCUUGAAUCCGGGGAAGAAUAGCGGUGGUGUGGGGAGCUCGGCGGCGGCCGGUGCGGCGGCGGGUUCGGCUUCGUCUUCUUCUCCGGCGGCGGCGUCGACGUCUAGCCGGUACGAGAACCAGAAGCGCCGGGACUGGAACACGUUCGGGCAGUACUUGAAAAACCACCGGCCGCCGCUCACGCUCUCCCGGUGCAGUGGAGCUCACGUGCUGGAAUUUCUCCGGUACCUCGACCAGUUCGGGAAGACGAAAGUCCACACCCCUAUCUGCCCCUUCUACGGCCACCCCAACCCGCCGGCGCCUUGCCCCUGCCCCCUCCGGCAAGCCUGGGGCAGCCUCGACGCGCUCAUUGGCCGCCUCCGAGCCGCCUAUGAGGAAAACGGCGGCAAGCCGGACACCAACCCCUUCGGAGCUCGCGCCGUCCGCCUUUAUCUCCGAGAGGUUCGUGACCUGCAGUCCAAAGCCAGAGGUAUUAGCUACGAGAAGAAGAAGCGGAAACGCCCGCCGCAACCUCCUCCGUCUCUGCCACUUCCGCCGCCGUGAACCACCAGGUCAAAUUCCAUCAUAUCCC